AUGGAUCUGCUUCAGCAGUCCCGGACAGACAUCGAGGUGUUGAACUAUGGCGCUUGCCGUGGCACGCGAGCACCCGUGGUGACAUGUGCGAUGAUCCAGGUGCCGCGAUGCCCGCCCUGCUUGCGCUUAGCACCGGUGCCUGCAGGCAGCUGGGCUCGACCUGCCGCCGACUUCACACUUACGCUGAUUGACAGCGUGGUCGCAUUGGAGGAGGAGCAAGAGGAGGUGCCGCGAUGCCCGCCCUGCUUGCGCCGGCACUGGCGACUGCAAGGCAGCUGGGCCUCGACCUGCCUCCGCCGACUUCACACGCUCCUCCGCUCUGCUGUGAGAGGAUCUUGGCCCGUUGCCGCACAGCUACUGUACAUCUUAACACAGUAUAUACCCAUGCACAUGUAUGUACGCAUCGCCGCAUAG